CCGACGUUGCAUCCGAGGAGGCGUCGCGUAGCGCCGCCGAGGCAGAGCCGUCUACGGACGACGUGCCGGCGAAGAACACGACGUCGAAGAUGAAUCUCGUGUUCCGAGUCAUACGCCGUUUCCACGGCUUCCUCAGGUCGCAGCUGUACGCGGACAGCGUGCUGGGCAGGUCCGCCGCCGAGCUUGAAGUCGUGUCCAACAUCAGGAGGGACUUCAUGCUGUACGUCUUCCUUGUGCUGCUCGCCCUGUCUUUCCUGAUCGGCGCGUUCGGACGCCACAUGAGCAACGUCAUCUGCGUCCCUUACCCGGCCGCGGUCUCGAUCAUCGCCGUGGACAGCAACGUGCGCCAGCGUUACGUGAAGUGGAUCACCUACUGGAUGGUCUUCGGCUUCGUCAACCUGGCCGACAUGUCGUGCCUGCUGGUGAGUCGCUUCGUGCCCCAGUACCACCUGUGGCGGACGGUCUUUCUCGUGUGGUGCUUCUGUCCGUACAAGUGGAACGGCUGCAAGCUGAUUCGCGAGCGCCUCUACACCGCCAAGAACAUGAGGAUCGCGAGAGUCGUGUCCUACGUCUUCUACGAAGGCACCCGGAUGUUGACGGCUGAGUGA